ACACGCCCGUUAAUCACACGGCCUGAACCAGUGCCCGUGCCAGAGCCUGAGCCUGAACCACUGCCCGUGCCAGAGCCUGAGCCUGAACCAGUGCCCGUGCCAGAGCCUGGGCCUGAACCAGUGCACGUGCCAGAGCCUGAGCCUGAACCAGUGCCCGUGCCAGAGCCUGAGCCUGAACCAGUGCCCGUGCCAGAGCCUGAGCCUGAACCAGUGCCCGUGCCAGAGCCUGAGCCUGAACCAGUGCCUGUGCCAGAGCCUGAGCCUGAACCAGUGCCCGUGCCAGAGCCUGAGCCUGAACCAGUGCCCGUGCCAGAGCCUGAGCCUGAACCAGUGCAACAUCUCACCUUCAAAGUUGCCGCGAGGGACUCUACCUCGUGUUCUGACAUCCCCUGCAACCCCUGGACCCCGGAUCCCCGACGCCAUUACCACUGUGCUGCUUCAAGCUCCCAGCUCCUUAGCAGCGAUACGGCAGAAAGCCCCAUCAGGACACGUCGACAAAGCAAGGAACGGAUCCUCCUUCCAGUCUUCGUGGAGGUCGAGGACGUGAACGACCACAUGCCCCAGACGGAGGAGCCCGCCUACCACACCUACGUGGCCGAGAACCUGCCGCCGGACACCUCCGUCAUAGCGCUGCGGGCCUCGGACGGCGACCUGGCGCCCUCCAACAUCUCCUUCGCCAUCACCAAAGGCGCCCUCACAACCCUGGUACCGCUGGACAGGGAGGAACAGGCGGAGUACGAGCUGUGGGUGCGGGUGAGCGACGGCCAGCUGUCCUCCGUCAUCUCGGUCUUCAUCACCGUGAGCGACGUCAACGACAACCCGCCCGAGUUCCUGGAGCCGCUCUACCGCGUCACCGUCCCCGCCCGCAGCAAGACCAAGAAACGGGAGGCGCUCUUCAGGCCCGAGCCAGAGGACGCGUGGGGGGACUGGGUCACUUUCUCGCCCUCGCAGAUCACCGCCCACGACGACGCCUUGUUCAGGGUGUUCGCCAGAGAUGCGGACGUGGGCAUGAACGGUGACCUGGACUACAGCAUCAGGACCGGCAAGGGCAAGAAGGGCCGCUUCAAGAUCCACCCGAAGACUGGCCAAGUGUACAGCAACAAGGCCUUUUCCCCGAGCAAGACCUUCGAUUUGAUGAUCCAGGUGAAGGACAACGGGGCGCCGCAGCUGACGGCCACCACGCGGGUCCUCGUGCGUGUGAUGGACGUGCCCGAGGAGUCUCCCAACCCGCCGGUCCUGCAGCCGCCGCCCCCCGCCCACGUGAUGGAGACGGACGCGCCGGGCCACCUGGUGUCCUUCAUCAACGCUCAGGACCCGGAUAACGACACCUUGUGGUACUACAUCACAGAGGGUGACGAGAGCGGCCGGUUCAGCAUGGCCGUGGACUCUGGCCUGGUGAGCCUGGCGCGCCGCCUGGACCACGAGGAGCAGCACCACUACGCCCUCACCGUCACGGCCACAGACGGCGUCCACACCGCCGCCACCAAGCUCGUGGUGGAGGUGAUGGACGCCAAUGAUCACCGGCCGGUGUUCAGCGCCAGAACCUACGAGGGUGCCGUGAGCGAGGACGUGGCGCCGGGGUCCACCGUGGUCACCCUGCAGUGCCGAGACAGGGACCAGUCACCCACGGCGUCCUCCGCGGUGUACUUCACGCUGCACCACGCCCAGGCCUUGGCGUCCCAGGGCCUCUUCACCGUGGACUCGUUCACUGGUGACCUCAUCGUGGCCGAGCCCCUGGACAGGGAGGUGUCCAGCGUCCACGAGCUGACCGUGAGCUGCAGGGACCGCGGCCGACAGGAGAACGCAGACUUUGCCCGCGUGUCCGUGACGGUGGAGGACGCCAACGACCACGAGCCCGUCUUCCUGGAGCCCAUGAUCAUCGCCAAGGUGAGCGUGGGGGCCGCGGCGGGCACGGCGGUGGUGCGGGUGAUGGCGCUGGACCACGACAAGGGCGACAACGGCAGGAUAUCCUACUCCAUCUUCGAGGGUAAUGCUGGAGGAAUCUUCAACAUUGACACUGCCCUAGGCGUGAUCAGCCUCACCCGAACCCUGGCCGAGGCCCAGCCCCCGGAGUACCUGCUGCUGGUGCGGGCCACGGACCACGCCGCGCAGGCCCGCGCCGCCUCGGUGCCGGUCCGGGUCAUGGUGACCGCCUCGCAGAGCUCGCCGCCCUCCUGGCAGGGCAAUAAGCCGCACGUGGAGGAGGUCGGGGAGUGGGUGGCGGUGGGCACGGCCCUGGCGCGCGUCACGGCGUCCUCACCGUCGGCCCUCCACUACUCGCUGACGGGCGGGAAUGAACACAGCGCCUUCGUCAUCAGCCCCGCCUCGGGGGUGGUCAGCGUGGCCACGCCCCUGGACUACGAAACCACCUCCUGGUACAACCUGACCAUCACGGCCACCAACCUGGCCGGGGUGUCCCGCAGCACGUGGCUGGGCGUGACGGUCCUCGACGAGAACGACUGGUGGCCGGAGUGGGAGCGACUUUCCUACCACGGCAGCGUCCUGCAGACCGCCGGCCGCGGCGCCCCCGUGCUGGCCGCCCACGCCCACGCCCAGGCCAGCCCCAGCCAGCUCACGGUGACCGCCCGGGACCGUGACCAAGGCUACAACGGUAGAGUGACCUACACCAUCGUGGAGAAGGACAUCACAAAGUUGUUUUCAAUCAACCGACACACAGGAGCUGUGUGGGUGUCUGGCAGCCUGGACACAGUGGCCGGCACCACGGUGAGGCUGAGUGUGUGGGCCACGGACGGGGGCAGCCCCCGGCGGGAGUGUGUGGCGCCCGCCCCAAUCUUCAUCACAGUGAGGGAGGUGAAGGCUGCCCCAAUGGCCUUCCCCAAGACCCACUACUCAGCCGUCCUCUACCUGCCAACCUACCCUGGUGUGAGGGUGUUCUGCCUGGGCCGGGAGGAGCAGCCACGCCACCACGUGGAUGUGAAUGAUAUCACCGAUAUUUCAUAUUCCAUCGCUGCCGGUGACGACAGAGAAAACUUUGUGUUUGACAACGUGAGCAAGUGUGUCAAGGUCCAGGACCAGUACAGCCUCAAGCCUCAGUACAACCUCACCCUCCAGGCCAGCGACGGGGCCGCCUCGUCCACGGCAACAGCAGAGAUUAUAAUUGAAGAAGCUCCGCUGUCUACUCUGGUCUUCACUCAGGACCAGUACUGGGCCAACGUCAUUGAGAACUCCACUAAGGAGAUGAAUGUUGCUGCCCUGGGAGUGAAGGGUCAGCCGCUCAACCAUCACGUCCGCUACUCAAUUCUCAACCCAAACAUUAAAUUUGAAAUCCACCCGACCGCUGGCGUCAUCAAGACCACCGGCAAGUCCUUUGACCGGGAGGCAGAGGACCACUACACGCUGGUGGUGGAAGCGCAGGACAUUGAGGGCACAGCAAACGUGGCCCAUGUGCUGGUCCACGUGGCGGUGAUGGACGUGAAUGACAACGAGCCGGUGUUCCUCAACCAGCCCUUCCACGCCCUGGUGUCCACCGUGUCUCCGCGCAGCCACGUGGUCACUAAGGUGCAGGCAAUAGACGCUGACUCUGGGGAGUUCGGAAGUGUCCACAUGAGCUGGUGCGAGGCAGCGGUGAGCUCUUCGCCGUGA